AUGCCUACGAUUACUGUGAUUGGUUCAUUAAAUUACGAUGUUGUGACUACGUAUUCUCGUUUACCCAAUGCUGGCGAAACCGUUCCAGCUAAAAACUUUGAAACUCAUAACGGUGGAAAGGGUGCAAACCAGGCUUUAGCUUGUGCUCGCCUACGCACAAAAGGUGGGCAGUACCCAUCUGUCAACGUCAAAAUAAUUGGAUGUGUUGGUGAUGAUACCUUUGGUUGUACACUUAAAGAGUUUCUUUCAAAAUCAAAUGUUGAUAUCUCUGCAGUUCGGACUCUUGAUAAGAGCACGAAUAUCGGAACUGGUGUAGCAACUAUUUUAGUUGACGAAAAAUCCGGGCAAAAUAGAAUUCUCGUUUACCCCGGAGCAAAUUCCCUAGUUUCUAAAAUAGAUGUUCUAUGUGCCAUCAUUGAUCCAGAAACUAAUAAUUUUAACACUGAUUCUUUAAUUCUUCAAAACGAAAUUCCAGUCAGCUUGGUUCAAGACAUUAUAAAAACUACAACAGACAGAAAACUUGGAAAAAAGCCAUUUGUCAUUUAUAAUCCGUCUCCCAUAGAUGCAUCGUUUGACAGUAACUUAUACAAAUACGUUGAGUGUCUUAUCGUGAACUCUACAGAGGCCAAGGCCAUUGUUCCAGAAAAUGUGGGGUCAUUACUGGUAGAUGAUGAUAAUGCCGAACAGGCACUUCAAGCAGCGGUUCCUAUUUUCCAGGCAUUGAAUCUUCCAAAGUACUUAAUCAUUACACUGGGAGCCGCUGGAUGUGUCUAUGUCGAUGGCACAGUUUCGCUAGAAGCACGGCAUUUACCUGCGGUCAAGCCGCCCAAACCCAUCAUCGAUACAACAGGCGCGGGCGACACCUUCCUUGGUGCAAUCGCUUCACAGCUGACCGAAGACAACGGACUUGACCAAGCUCUUAAGGUGGCGCUAACGGCCUCUUCUAUUGCUAUUACCAGAAAGGGAGCUGGUGAUGGGAUUCCGGAAUUUCGCGAGUUAGUUUUGUAA